UAACUCCCAAAAAUAUAAGGUCAUCUUCAACAUCAACUGUCCCAUACCCAAAUUCCAGUUAUCUACAGACUUUCCGGUACACUCCACACUACACAGCUCCUCUCAGUCUCCAUGGCCUUGGCUCAAAUUUCCUCGUCUCUCUCCCUUUCGGUCCGCGAUGUAUAUGCUUUUAGCUCCCCCAAAACCUCUUCUACAACUCCUCGCGUUCCACUUUCCAAGCUUUCACCAUGUGGGUCCGUUUUCGCCACUGGUUCUCCGCUCUUGAUACGGAGAACUUGUUACCAAAAGCAGCCUGCAGGCAAAGCAAUGUCACUUUCCAUAAGAUGUGAACAAGGCACCCAGGACAACAGUUUGGAUGUAUGGCUAGGCCGAUUUGCAAUGAUUGGCUUUGCAGUGGCUAUUACUGUUGAGAUAACAACAGGCAAGGGACUUUUGGAGAAUUUUGGGCUCACAAGUCCCCUGCCUACAGUAGCCUUGGCAGUUACAGCAUUGGUGGGCGUUUUAACAGCAAUUUUUAUCUUUCAGUCUGCUUCAAAAGAUUGAUCACGUUUUAGGUCACUUCAUGUUUGUAAAGUUUGUAAUUCUGAAAAAUCUACUAGAUUUCUUUUUGUCCAUUUGUUUGUAAUUUUGUAUCAAUGCCAACAUUAGCAUCAAGAUACCAAGAGCCUUGUAACUCAAUUCCAUUACCUGAUUCUCCCAUAAAUGAAAACAUUGGUUCAAAUCCCCCUCCCCCACUAGUUGUAACCAAAAACCAUUGACAUUAAGAUUUGAGAAUGUACCAGAUAUGGAAACUUCAAUAUAUGUAAAGGCUUUCCUCUGUGGUGUUACUUUCA